CAAGCAAGACUCCAGUGGCCGUCGCAGUCCAACUCGACCGCCGAGCAGCACUCCUGUCACCAAGCCAUCUCCUGCAGAAAGCAACUCCACAAUGUCUUCUUCGGAGCCAACAAGCAAUGAGGUGUCCAGUGAGCGGACGCCUGAAGUUGGGGGUGAAAUUGUUGAGUCCGCGGUACGUUCUUCAACGGACAGCGGCGUGCUUACCAAACCCCCGCCCCAUCCUAGAUCAAAGAAGAGGAAGGUUCAUUCAACUAAUGUGGGUGCAACUCUGGAAGCAACUCCAACAAAUCCAUCUCCAAGUACUGUGGAAACUGAUGAAGAGGAUAGCAAGGAUGAAGCUAAUGAAGGUAACAGAAAACCUUCUAGACCUAGAUCUUGGACUUGGGAACACUUUACAAGGGAUCCUAAGUCCAAGCCAUCACAUCCUAGGGCUAAAUGUAAUUGGUGUGGUGCAUCAUAUGCAUGUGACUCUCAUAGAAAUGGUAAUUGGCUGUUUGGUUUUUAUUUGUUUUAA